AGCAAGGGAUCUUCGACAAAGAAGAAGAUCCACCAGCCACCAGCAACAAUGGCGCCCGCCUUCGGCCGCUCCAUCUCCUUCCCCCUCAGCCCGGCGCGCUCCUCCAAGCCCCGCGCCGCCGCGGCGCGCCACGUCCGCUCCGUCAGCCUCCCCUCCUCCCGCGCCCACCCGCUCCUCGCCCACCUCCACAACACCACCCGCGCCGUCCGCGCCUGGGCGGCCGACCCCACCUCCCCCUCCACUGGCCUCGCCCACCUCGACGCGCUCCACGCCGCGCUCGCCGAGUUCCUCCUACUCCCGGAGGCCCACGCCGCGCUCCGGAGCGGCUCCGCCACCGCGGAUUGCCUCCUCGACGGCUUCCUCGCCCUCGCCGACGCCCACGGCGCCUUCCAGGAGGCCGUCCUCGACCUCAAGCGCCACGCCGCCGACGCCCAGGCCGCGCUCCGGAGGCGCGACGCCGCCAGGCUCGCCUCCGCGGUGCGCGCCCAGCGCCACGCCGAGAAGGACCUCGCCCGCCUCGCCUCCUCCGUGCGCAACGCCGCCAAGUUCCCGCAGCUCGCCGGAUCCUCCGCCACCCUCGCCGAGGUCGAGGUCUCCGGCGUGCUCGCCGAGGCCGUGGCCGCCAUCGCGUCGGCCUCCGCUGCCGUGUUCUCGGCCGUCGAGUCCGUCUCGUCGGCCGCGACCACCGCCGUCGCGUCUUCGUCCAAGAAGCCAGCGAGCCUCAUCUCUCUGGUCACGAGGAGCAGCAAGGCGGCUGCUGCCUCCUCCGACGAGGACAAGGAGAUGGCGGCGCUCGACAGGUUGGAAGGACUCGACGAAUGCAUCGCCAACAUGGAAGCCGGGAGUGACAAGGUGUUCAGGAGCAUCCUGCAAACCAGGGUCGCACUCCUAAACAUCCACACCCAAACAUUGCUGAUAUAAUUUGGACAACACAAACAGUCCAAAUUAACUAUUGACCCAAUGCAAGUGUACAUACAAAUUCAACGAAUUAUUAGAGCAAAAAAGCUCUUGUUCGGCUCUA